AUGACCUGCCGGGGGUGCCCGAACUCGUCGGGGCACCCCUCCCGCCAUGGCCGCCUCUCCGCCGUCGACGGGCCCGUCGUGCGGAACUUCCGCGAGGCCGGCGCGAUCAUCCUCGGGGUUACCAACACAAGCGAGCUCUGCAUGUGGUACGAGAGCUCCAACUACGUCUACGGGAUUACCUGCAACCCGUACGAUACACGCUGCAUUGUGGGUGGAAGCAGCGGCGGCGAGGGCACGGCGGCAGGCGCAGCCUUCAGCGUCUUCGGCAUCGGCAGCGAUAUCGGUGGAUCGAUUCGCAUGCCAUGUUUUUUUAACGGCGUCUAUGGGCAUAAGUCGAGCCCGCAUUAUAUCUCGAACAGCGGGCAACACCCGGGCGCGCGGAGCUCGGCGAACCACUACAUGUCCACCGGGGUGAUCACCCGCUUCCCGGAGGACCUCAUCCCGCUCAACCAAAUCGCCGCCCGCGGGGGGUUUGGAAAGGACCCUGCAAUUUUCCCCCCCGCUCAGCCGCUGGAGAAAGUGGUGGAUUUCAAAAGCUUCCGCCGCCGGCUGCGCGUUUUUGCGGUUGAGGAGUUCGGCGCGCCGUGGCCGGUGCGGGUUUCGGAAAGCCAAAAAGAGGCCGUCCGCGUCGCCGCCGAGGCCCUUUGCACGCAUUUGAACGCGCACGUCACGUACGUGAAUGUGAUCGAUCGACAGAGAUGCACGGCCGGGGAAGUGCCGCCGGAGUUCGCGCCUUUCCCACGCAUCCUAGAGAUGUGGUUCGAUGCCCUGAGCUUCGAUCCGGAGGAGAAUAAGUUCCGCAAGUUGAUGGCCGAGGGCCACGGCAACGAGGACGUGAACUGGUUCGCGGAGCUCCUCCGCUGGAUGUUCGGCCGCUCGCGCCAUACCUUACCCGCUCUUGUCCUCUGCGUGAUGGAGGAAAUCGGGGAUUGGUUGGCUUUCUGGCGUAACCCCCACAAACCCACCUCCUGCAAGACCUUCGAGUCCUUCAAGACCGGCCUCGAGACGCUUCUCGGGGAGGAUGGGAUUCUGCUCACCCCGACCUUCCCCACCGCGGCCCCCCGCCAUCACGCCCCGAAUUGGAACCCCCUGCAAUUUCAAUACACCGCGGCCUUCAACGUCCUGCAGUUCCCCGCCACGACCUGCCCGAUCUGGCUGGGGGCGGAAAUGAAGGACGCCGCGCGGAGCCUCUCCUACUUCGAGGCCCGCGCGGCGGGGCUGCCGAGGGACUUCCACCUGCCGAAAGGCGUGCAGGUCGUCGGGGCGACCCACCAGGAUGAGCUCUGCAUUAGCGUCGCCAUCGCGCUGAAGGAGAUCCUGGGGGGGUACCGCUAUCCGGGCUGGGCUCACCUGAAGGGCACGUGA